CCCAUGUAAAUCAUAUGUUACCCCAGUACUGUACACUGUGCACCUUUUAUCGUGAUAAUAACUCAAAAAAAAAAACAUACCACAUAACCUCAUUCAUCUACAUGACGUAGCAUCCUGGAAUGUAUUAUGGCAUUCUAUUAUCAACAACUGCCUUGGCUUCCUUUCCGUUGCAAAAAUUAAUUUUCUCCCCAACGGUAACCCCAAGACUUAGACUGGGACUGGGCCUUAAACUAAGACCGAGACUGAGAUCAUUCAAGCCCCAAUCUUCACUCGCUAUGGCUUCAAAUGAGAGGGGAGAGCUGAAGAGGCGAUCAGUAGCCGGUUCUUUCCUUUUUAAAGUACCGGAUGGUGAUGAAAACCACCCCCAAGUGGCUCUUUUUAGACGCAGUGGCAAAGUUAGCACCUAUCAACACAAGUUAGCCCCCAUCUCCGGCAGUGUUGAGAAGUACGAUGCCAGUCCUAUGGCAACAGCCCUGCGGGAAAUCAACGAGGAAACGGGUCUGACCCUUUCUUCUAUCGAACUUCUACGUGUGGGGAAGCCCUACACCUUUAUUGACCAAACCAUUGGACGCGAGUGGACUAUCAAUCCUUUCGCCUUUCGUCUCAAGAGCAAGGCCGAAGGAGGCAAAGGCGAAGAGGGUAUCACUAUUGACUGGGAACACGAGGGUUUUGAGUGGUUCAAUCCUCUGGACGUAAACGAAUCAGAUGAGUUUGGUGGUGUUCCUAAGCUCGUCAAUAGUUUGCGAAGGGUCUGGCCCGAGUAUGACUUCGGUCCAAGAGCUGGUAGGAUCUUAACCUCCGGCUUGCAGAAGCUACGCGACGACCAUGAAAGCGGCUCAAGGCAGCUCGCCCAGACGGCAGUAUCUACUCUAAAGAACCUCAUCGCGGAGAUGAAUUCCGAUGUUGUCGAUGACGCAUGGUGGGCUAAGGUUCGAAUGGCCGCGUGGCAUCUCUGCAAGGCUCGCGAGAGUAUGGGGGCUGCAGUAACUACUGCUAUCGUCAAAGCACUUGAUCAAGUCGAAGCUGUCUUUGUUCAGAAUCUAUCUCCACCAGAAAAAAUACUGCAGAUGACUGAAGCCAUUCAAACCCAGCUCAAACAGCGCGAGUCUACGACUGACCGCCUUCGCGACACGUUUGUCGAAUACGUGCGACGAAAUGUAAUUCAAGAUGUGAAUAAUCCAAGGAAAACUAUUUCGGUUCUGACUCUUUCCUUCAGCUCUACUAUAUUAGCUUGUCUCAUGCGACUUGCUACCGAUCUGGGUGUUUCGCUUGAUCUUCGUAUUCUAGAGUCUCGACCCCUUUGUGAAGGUGUGACUCUGGCUUCAAAACUAAUUGAGGGGGGAAACGGUAACCCGAAUUUGACCGUCACGCUCUACGCUGAUGCAUCCGUCGCCUUUGCGGCUGAUGAUAUUGAUAUUCUCGUGCUUGGAGCUGAUCGCAUUAGUUCAGAAGGUGAUGUUAACAAUAAAGUCGGAUCACUCCCUGCCGUGCUAAGUCAACGACAUGUUGCGCCGCGCGCAAAAGUGAUUGUAGUGAGUGAGACUGAGAAGGUAGCCAGUCCGGGUUUGAAAGAGCAGCAUCCAGCAGAGGAGAACAACCCGGCAGAGCUCACAAAAACUUGGACAGGAAAUGUCAAGGGUGCCAACGUUAUCCAAAGCGCAUUAAGCAAUAUAGAGAGCGGUUCAACACACGGACACGUACGCGUGAGGAACACGUACUUUGAAUGGGUACCUGCUGGCUUUAUUGAUGUUUACGUCACCGAGGAAGGACUUUGGUCUAUUGGCGAUAUCACUACAAGAUCAAACUGGGUUGGUAACGAAGCAGAUAGGUUCUUUAGGGACCUCUAGCAACUCAUAUAAUGGACUUCACCAAUUUUGUUACGAUACACAACGCAUGAAGCGCACUUGGGCAUCUUCAAUCACGAGAGCCACCCCAGCCAGAUUCGUGCCCAGUGUUGCAGGUGUUUCUAUGAAUGAAGGAGACUCACUUUGGGUACUGCAGAAGGAAUACUACUUACUUAGGCAGUCUCGUAUAUCUGCUGGUAGUUAUGGUGACACGAAGUGGUUUGGUAUAUAUUAUCCUUAAAGGAGGUACUACCUGCAUUAGGAAGUUGCCCAGAUGGUUAAUAUCAGAUGUGCAAAGUGAGUAUGAUGGGAGCCGGCUGAAUUCAGAUUCUGGGAGAUUUAAAAGAAGAACGGCUGCACUCAAGUUCAUCUGCGCAUGUGUUGAUCAAACCUGUUCCUGGCCAACUACUCUGCCCACUUAGCUGUGAUGAGUGCACUACUAGAACACGAUGUGAUGCAGUAAGACUUGAGAUUCGUCUUGGAAACUAUCAUAUUAUAGGACUUCGAUCAGUCCAACAUUAUUUAAGUCAAGAUUAAGAUACAGG